CUCCCGCAACAGCCCGGGUUGGACAUUAGAGUUUGGAUAGGUUGAGUGUUUGGAAAACUAGUUUGGAUUUGCUCAGGCUGUUAAGUUUAGGGGGUUCAAUGCGCUCCACAUGACGCGCACCAUGAAGGAGGAGGAGGGCAGCGGAGCGCACUCCAAGAAUUAGCUCCGUGCAGCGUUAGAGUAUGCAGAGAUGUGAGCUGAACCUGUGGUAGAAUGGCACCUCAUCUCCCAUGGAUCUCUGAGGGAUGGCAGCUUUUCACUACCACCAUCACCAUCACCAUUACCCCUACUCGGACCUGCGGAGGCUCUUCCAUCGGCUCUCCAUCGCGUCCUCUCUGAGCAUUCUCUGCUUCUCCCUGGUUUACCUCCUCACCGGCUGCUGCGAGUCGGAGCUGUCAGAAAACACUGACAUCAAGACACCCACGCGCGAGUUCCUCGUGUCAGGAUGGCAGUACGAGAGAAACGGAACCACUGUCGAGAGGGAGGUCACCACCGCGCUUGGCGAGGACGCGUUCAGCGGUCACCCCGGGCUGGAGGCGAACAGCUCGGGGAAGGAAUGGACAGCUACUCGGAGGUUACCCCAGGCUCUGAUCAUAGGGGUUAAAAAGGGGGGCACGAGGGCUCUGCUGGAGUUUCUGCGGCUCCACCCGGACAUCCGUGCUCUUGGGUCGGAACCGCACUUCUUUGAUCGGCAUUACGCACGGGGACUGGACUGGUACAGAAGUAUGAUGCCCAAGGCCCUGGACGGUCAGAUUGUGAUGGAGAAAACGCCUCGUUACUUCGUCACCGUGGAAACGCCAGCACGAGUCCAUGCCAUGUCGAAGGAUGUGAAGCUGAUCGUGGUUGUCCGUGACCCCGUGACCAGAGCCAUAUCUGACUACACACAGAUCAUCUCCAAGACCCCCGACAUCCCCCCCUUCGAGAGCCUGGCCUUCAAGAACCGCACUAACGGUGAGAUCGACUCUCUGUGGAGCCCGCUGUGGAUCGGUCUGUAUGCCCAGCACCUGGAGCGCUGGCUGGCCUGGUUCCCCAGGACCCAGAUCCAUCUGGUCAGCGGGGAGAGGCUCAUCUCUGACCCGGCCGGGGAACUGGGCAAGGUCCAAGACUUUCUGGGUCUCCAGAGGAUUGUCACAGACAAGCACUUCUACUUUAACAAAACCAAAGGCUUCCCCUGCCUGAAGAAGCCGGAGGGCAGCAGUAAACCUCACUGCCUGGGGAAGACUAAAGGGAGGAUGCACGCCUCCAUCGACCGGGAGGUGCUGCAGAGACUUAGGGAGUUCUACAAGCCCCACAACCAGCGCUUCUAUCAGAUGGCCGGUCAGGACUUUGGAUGGCAGUGACCCAUGAUGGUUUGGAAUCAAGAGGUGUGUUGGCUUUGGUUAGAAGCCUGAGCAAUUUACGGAAACAGAUGGAGUGCAAAAGAUUCAGAGAACUAAACCACUUGAACCCUUUGACCAGCAGAGACUUCUCAGGGACUUUACUAUGAAAGCCCUUUGUCAAUGUACUCACCUCUAUCAAUCAAUCAAUCAAUCCAUCAUCUUGUCCAAGUGUUUGAAAGACAGCAGUCAUUUGUCUAUGAUAGAUGUUCAGAUGUUCUUUUGUGGAAUUGAACAAAGUUUUUCCUUCGCAACUUUUUGGUUUGUUGAGCAGCAUUGAUACAUGAUAAACCGUCUCUUCGUUGACGUUGCAGUUGUGUUUCUAUGAAGAGAGCGGUGUUGCCUGACCAGGCGGAAGAGCUACUUUUGGUGUUGCGCACCAAUCUAACUGCGCUCAAAAUUCUGAUUAUUUCGACUUUGACCCCGUUACUGCUGACCUUUCGACGCGCAACCAAUCAGAUUACAGCUGAAUGAAGCGACGCAAGCUAGCAGGGGUUGUCACCAUAGAAACAAAUCUUAACUUAAUUUAUUUUCACAGCAAUGCUCUGUGCCCAACCUCAGGGUGAGUGGGGAACAAAUAGCGUUUCAUGUCAAUGCAGCUUUAGGCUACUUAUUUCUAUCCCAGGUGGUUAAAAAGACGUGUCUGUGCAAAGUUGGUCAUGAAACAUGGCUGCUGGUUACACCUGUAGAAAGUUGAAUAGUGGAAUACGCAGUGUAGUAUUAGCGUAUCUGGUUUGCAGUUUAACCCUGCAUGAACAAGUUGGUAGUGGCACAAUGAUGCAUUUUCACAUUCCUGAAUUUCCAACUUUCUUUUUCUCCUUUGUUUCCAGUCUUGUUUGUUAAGAAAAACAGGGCAGUCAAUGCAUACACUUUAAGUAUAAUACUCCAAGCAUUUUUCCUAAAACGGGGGAUGAAUCUUUAAUGUAGCGAGCAGCAGAGGGGUGAGAGAGAGUCUUCAUAGGAGCUGUGACUGAGUGGUUUUGUAUUCCUGAAUAAUGAAUGUGAUAGAUGGAUGCAGGGAGCGGGUGUAGAUCACUUGCUUCCUCGCCUAUUGGCACUUUUAUGUGCUAGACUUAGAGUAGCAUCCAACUGCAAACCCCCCACACUGUACCUUGAGUGUAAUAAAGGGACCACUGGAGAACAACCACAACAAGAGCAGGUCCAAC